AUGGAAGAUGGAUUCCGAGCCAUAAUAAAGAUCCCGUACUGGAUAUCAGUGCCCAGGAUUUACGCAACAGCUAGCGAGGUCGCAACUCUGGCAUUUCUUCGCUCUAAGAAGAUCCCAGUCCCGGAAGUAUAUGGCUGGUCUUCGGUCACUGACAAUCCAGUCGGUGUGGAGUACAUUAUCAUGGAACAUGUCGCAGGUGUCAGUGCUGAUACUCGUUGGUUCAAUAAUACAAAACACCAAAAGCAUGCUUUGGUGACAGGCAUCGUUGACAUUGAGAAGAAGCUUUUCAGCAUUCCAUUUGGGGCCACUGGAAGCCUUUAUUUCAGAAGUGACCUUCCACCCCAACUGCAGGCUCCGCUAUAUGCAGUGGGCACGCCAGAUGAAGCCAGGGACUCCCAGACCUACUGCAUCGGUCCAACGGCUGAUUACAUGUUUUGGUAUGGGCAAAGAUCUGAGCUGGAUCUGGGCCGAGGGCCGUGGACCGACCCCAAGGACUAUCUACGUGCAAUUGCCGAAAAGGAAGUCAAAUGGAUUGAGGAAUACGGGAAGCCUCUUGAAAAUGGAUUUCCUCACAACAUCGCAUUUCCCGGCCUGAAGUGCCCACAGGAAUACCUUGAGCUCCUCAAAAACAAUGUGUUCAUAUGUCCAGAUACAUUCAAAGUGAAAUCCAUUAUCGAUUGGCAACAUACAACCAUCACACCGUUGCUUCUUACAGCCGGAUAUCCCAAGCUGUUCGAGAACCCUAACCCAAAGCACCCCAGCGAGUUGAAACCACCAAAGUACCCUCCGGGCUACGAGACCAUGAGUCCCGAUGAGCAAGCUCAAGUCGACGAGCUUAUACGACGGCAAAGUCUCUUCUACCUCUAUCGUGUUUCCAACGGGGGCUUGAACAAGGUGCACCUCGAGGCGCUGCGAGAUCCUCUCAUUCUACAACGUCAGCACCUCGUGGACUCUGCAGGUCGUCAAUGGUCUGGAGAUAUUGUUACACUACGUGGGGCCCUCAUGCGAAGGCAAAACCUUUGGUCUUAUCUCAUUGGCAAGGAUCACCAUAUCAAAUGCCCCAUAGAUUUCUCCGAACAAGAAGUAAUCGACCAGGCUGAAAGUGAGCAAACGUGGUACAAUUUGAAUAUACUUAUCAAUCAAUGGCGCGACGAACUCGGUGGGCUCUCAGAAGAAGGGUGGCUACCUGCUCAGCGGUAUGAGGCUGCUGUGAAAAGGAACAAAUCCUUGAUGGCCGAAUUCUCUGACGGCGCCAGUCCAGAUGAGCUGGAAAAAGUGAAGCGAGGUUGGCCGUUUCAGGAUCACGACGAGCUCUACUGA